CUCUUGUUACCAUGACCGAAUCCACAUAUCCGCAGAAUACCUCUAACAAGGUUAACCGCUACAAACACCAAGCCACCUAUGAUGUGGAAACGAUCCGUUCCAUCGUCAAUAGCACGCCAGUCCUUCACGUGUCCUUCGUUCCCGAACCGACCAUUCCCGCCCCCAUUGUCCUUCCUAUGAUUGGCCAGUUGGGACUCUAUCCUGGAGAUGAAUCUCGUGGCGAAGGCGAUUGGAAAUGCUAUCUUCAUGGUUACGUUAGCUCCCGUCUGAUGAAGCUGGCAGACGACGCUGUGAAGCGGGGUGAGGAGGGCCUGCCCCUCUGUAUCGCUGCUACAAAAGUAGACGGAUUCGUGCUCACUCUGACACCAAAUUCUCACAACUACAACUACAGGUCCGCUGUUCUACAGGGGUUUGCAACCAUUGUCGAUGACCAGGAGGAGAAGAUCUGGGCCAUGCAACUUAUCACAAAUUCAGUUGUUCCAGGUCGAUAUACCAACACACGAAUUCCCCCAGAUGGCGCUGAAAUGCAGUCCACGCGCAUUCUGAAGCUCAAAGUCACAGGUGCCAGCGGGAAGGUACGAGAAGGCAUUCCUGAGGACGAGAGGAAAGACAUGAAGAGAGAAGAUGUGCUCGACGCAGUUUGGACCGGCGUAAUCCCUGUGUAUGAAAAGCUGGGUGAGCCCCAACCUGGCCCUUAUAAUAGAAUCGCAAAUAUCCCAGAACACGUCACGAAGUUCGUCAAGGAGGAGAAUGAAACUCGGGAGAAGUAUGCUUUUGAAGCAGCACAUAAACCUGCACCAGUCAAGAGAGAAAAGAAGAGCGAAGAUAGCUAA